AAUCAGGUCCAGUGUUGACUACAGAGGUGUGGGUGGGUUAGUAGAAGAGAGGAAGCCGGUACGGGUUGUAAGUGGUGUAAACGUAAAUAAUAUGGUUUCUGUAAUACCACGAGUGUUUAGGGAGUCCCUUCCUGGACUACUACACCUGGGAAGUGGGUUCAGUAGACAGGAUGUUUUACGGACAGCUGCACCUGCUCUGCAGAGAGCGUACCAUGAAGUUACUGGUGAUGAACUUUGUCCCAAUAUGGUGCGUGGUAUAGAUCACCUGCGAGAUCCGAGGCUAAACAAGGGUUUAGCAUUUACCUUAGCUGAAAGACAGCGCUUAGGAAUUCAUGGGCUGAUGCCUCCAAGAUUCAAAACACAGGAAGAGCAGUUAGAACUCUGUAAAGUUAGUGUAGAACGAUACCAGGAAGAUCUGAACAAGUACUUGUACCUCAUUGAACUGCAGGAUCGCAAUGAACGGCUCUUCUUCCGGCUUCUAUCAGAAAAUGUGGAGCAGAUGAUGCCUAUUGUUUAUACUCCUACAGUCGGCCUUGCUUGCCAGAAGUUUGGUCUUAUUUACCGGAGAGCACGUGGGCUAUUCGUCACCAUCAAUGAUGCUGGACAUGUCUACAAUGUCAUCAAAAACUGGCCUGAAUCUGAUGUGCGAGCCAUUGUUGUGACAGAUGGUGAACGUAUACUUGGCCUGGGUGAUCUAGGUGCCUGUGGCAUGGGAAUUCCUGUUGGAAAACUUGCACUGUACACUGCUCUUGCUGGAAUCAAGCCUCACCAAUGUCUGCCCAUAACAAUUGAUGUUGGAACAAACAAUCAGCAAUUGCUCGAUGACCACCUCUACAUUGGCCUGAGGCAUAAAAGAGUGACUGGCGAACGAUACGAUGCCCUCAUUGAUGAAUUCAUGCAUGCUGUUGUGAGGCGCUAUGGCCAGAAUGUACUCAUCCAAUUUGAAGACUUCGGAAAUCACAAUGCUUUCCGUUUCUUGGAUAAGUACCGUAAUAAGUACUGUACGUUCAAUGACGACAUCCAGGGCACGGCAAGUGUAGCAGUUGCAGGUUUACUGGCAUCUCGCCGUCUCACCAAUACAAGACUCUCGGAUAAUACAAUUCUCUUCUUAGGGGCUGGAGAGGCAGCAAUUGGCAUUGCAGACCUUUGUGUUCAAGCAAUGCAGACAGAGGGAACCACUCUCCAAGAAGCAAGAGAUAAGAUCUGGAUGGUUGACAUUGAUGGUUUGCUAGCCAAAAACAGACCUGAGGGCAAACUGGAUGGUCACAAGGCAUAUUAUGCUAAGGACCAUGCAGCCACAAAGAGUCUUGCUGCUGUUGUGAAGGAGAUCAAGCCUUCAAUACUAAUUGGUGCAUCAGCUGCUGGAGGAGCCUUCACACCAGAAAUUUUGAGGGAUAUGGCAUCUUUCAAUGAGAGACCUGUUAUAUUUGCUUUGAGCAAUCCAACAAGUAAAGCUGAGUGCACUGCUGAACAAGCAUAUACAAACACAGAGGGCCGCUGCAUUUUUGCCAGUGGUUCUCCGUUCCCACCUGUACAGCUUGAUGGUAAAACUUACUAUCCAGGACAAGGAAACAAUGCCUACAUUUUCCCCGGCAUUGCAUUAGGCGUUAUUGUCACAGGCAUUCAUCAUAUUGAGGAACAACUGUUUCUUAUUGCUGCACAGACAGUUGCAGACCAUGUGACUGAUGCUGAUCUGGCUAAUGGAAGACUGUAUCCUCCUCUGGGGUGCAUAAGAGAGUGUUCAGUCAACAUUGCCACACGUAUAGCAGAGUAUGCAUACAAGAAAGGUACAGCAUCAGUAUACCCAGAGCCAGAGGACAAGCGAGCAGUAGUUUUGUCUGCUAUGUAUAAUCAUAAUUACGAAGAUGCACUACCUGAUGUAUAUCCAUGGCCUGAACUUCCUGCAUCCAAGAGUGUUACUAUAGAUAAGCCUACAAAAGCAAGGAGCAUAGAGUUGUAGGCCUAAGUAACAGAAAACCCACCAGCAAAGGUACAUCCAGCAUUAUAAAAAUAGAUAAAACCUGUCUGUAUUGACUGGAUAAAAAGCCACGACCUGGCCAACAGCAAUAUGGAAAAACUUGUAAUGAAUGUUAAAGAUUCUGAGGCUUAUUAAGAAUGAAAAAUGUAAAAGUGAGAAAAAUAAGAAACUGUAGCAAGGGAAAUAAGACAUUCUUUUGAAACACAUAGAUAUUUUCUCGUGUUGCUUUUGGUCCAGUUGCAGUCCAUACUUUGUUAAAAGUUUUAUAGCCAUCUUCCCUUUUCGGUAGCCUUGCACAGUUUAUAGCUUUCAUAGUUAUUUUUGUCUGUGAUUAUUUAUUUAUUUAUUUAUGUAUUUAUGAGUAUUAUUGGUGUUAAUACCAUUGUGACAGUUCUUCUUACAAUUUUGUUUGUUUGUACCGUCAAAGUCUGUUGCGUGUUUUUCUCGGUGAAUAUUAUGUAACUUUAAACCUUGCUAUAAUGUGUUAAGUGACAACUGACAUUUUCCUGUUUUUCUGGCGAAGUAAUGAAAGAUUGGUCUUCUGUAACUGUGUGUGUUAUUGGGACAAUUUUGAUAUUAGUACAUUUUUUACUCAGAAUUUAAUUAAUCUUAGUUGUUCAUCAACAGUGAAUUGUGUUAUUUACUAUCUGUCCCAUUGCGGUAAUAUUUCAUUAAACUGAUGUUUAAUCAAAAAAUACUACCCUUCAAUAUUUCCACUAACAAGUAUGCCAUCCAUUUAUCACUUUGUUUAUGGAGUUGUGUGUUUGUGCAGGUAUAUACUUGUGUUUUGGAUUGAAGAAGAGAAUUCGAUGAAAGACAACACAUAGCGCCUUUAGUCCUUUUUCUGGGUGUUUUUCACAAUUUGUCUAUAUUGUCCACAUUAAAUUUUGUUUAAAAUUGACCCUCUGUAUGUUUUAAUUUCACUGUGCUUUAAUAAUAUAUUUUUCAAUAAAAAUACAAACCAAUUACAUCACCUAAUGGUAAUUGGCACACCAAUGGUAAAAAUGUCUAGCAUGCUAUGUUUUCUCUUCUUACUGAAGUUAAGAGUUAUGAAGCCUGUGGCUUGGUAGAGGAAAAUAUUUCACCAUUUUGCAACGUUACACCAAAAUUUGGACGUUUCAUAUAUAUAUAUAAAACCUUUUUCUAUUUAAAUAAAACAUCCAUAUUAUAUCGCACUGUUUCACAAAAUGUUCUAACUAAGAUUGGGUAGUUACAUGAAACCAUUCCCAAAAUAGUGUAUUAUAGUGUUGUAGUGUUCUGCCAACAAAACCUUCUGAAAACCGAACAGUUACCCCAUGUAAUCUCCUACAGGUGAUUACAUUUUACACAUCAAUUUUAUUUCUGCAGUUACCUGUACUGGCUAAUGAAGACUGUAUUUCCAGGAUAUCUUGUAAAUGAAUAUUUUGUUAUCCUCAAUAGACAUACCGUUCUACCUAUUUCUUUAAAUGUUAUCUUUCAGUUUGGUAAUACAUUCUUCCAGUGUGUUUCAGUGUUACACACUCCUGAAGCACUGUAUUGAUUCAGUGACUGUUACUCUUCCAUUUCACACCAGCAAUCUACAUUCUUUGAUAAUCUUCAAGCACCCAUGCAAUUAUCAUUUCCCAACUCUGAUUCCCAGGCAAGCAUGCAUCUUAUUAUCUUAUUUCCUGAUUUUGUUGUUACUGAAUAUUAUUGUUUCUAUGUCUAGAUGGGUACAUGUGUCCAUCGAAUAGUGGAGAAAACACUAGAUGUGUGUUCGACAUUAUUAAUAUAUUUGCUUUCUGGUUCAUUAUGUCUCAGUUGCCUGAAUUUUGAUCUUUUGAAGUUCCAUUGUGUAUGCUUUGUUUCACAGUUUUACUAUUUUGUAUCAUUCAUAUUUCUAGCCCUUGUUCAUCCCAGAAACAUACUUGAAUCUGUUAGUUGUUGAUACCCGUUUGUUGUUUUGGAGUUGGAAUUUUUAUGUCAAAAUGUGUUAAUACUCAGUGCAUUCAACUGUAGUGUGAUAUAUUUGCACCCUCAUUACUUCUUAUGAAAACAAAGAUUUGCUGUCAGAUCCCGUUAUAGGCCUUUUUAAUGGUAGAACCUCUUUCUUUGUGAGACCAUUCUCACAGUUUUAUAUCAUUGGAAUCUACCAUUUUUUUCAUUACUUCCAAGACUUUUCUAUGCAUAAAAAGUCUAUUGUGAGGUUCCUAUUUUCCCAGUCCUUCUCGGUUAUCAGUGUUACAGAAAAAAUGUUUCUGCAGCACUUGCAUAUUUCUUAUUACCAUGUAUACUUCGUGUAGAUGGUACUCAUCAACCUUAUUGCUAUAGUGUUUCUGCUCUCAAGGCAUGUGAUUUUUACCCCAGCUGUUAAUCCCUCAUUUUUAUAUUAGACAUUACACCCCAGUUGUUUUUGUUAGAACUCUCCUAAGUUCAUCACAUCAUUGCAAUAUUACCCUUACUAUUAUGCCAGAGUAAGUAAUGUUUUCACUUUCAGUUCCCUUUCCUCAGACAUGACUGGACAUUUUGUCAAAGUAAGUGUGCUUAUUCCUCCUUUUUCCCAUGUAAAUGUAGCACUUGGUUUCCUGGGAUGCAGUACUUCUGUAGCUCAUUCAUAGUUUACUGAAACAGAAAUUUUUGUCUUUUUUCUUUUUAUUAUUUUUUUACUGUUUGGACAAAUAAAAUUAAAAAAGAUUGUUAUUGAACUUAGUACAGCAAGUGAAAUGUAUUCUGAUGAAUAUGUUUAAGCAUGUCUAUGUGUUUGAGUGGAUCUCAGAUCUUGAGGGUUAAAUAUUCUUUUGUAAUUUCAGUUUGUAACCAGUGUUCAGCUGUCACUUGCAUGCCACCUUCCCUUCAUUUUGUUUUUCUGGUCUUCCUCAUGAAUGAGAGUAUUUUUGAAUAACUGUUGUAACUGAGUCAUAAAUUUACAUCUCUGUGAAUGAAAAAGUGAAAAUUAUUUAUUUUAUGUGCUGAAAAUUGUGUGUGUGUGUGUGUGUGUGUGUGUGUGUGUGUGUGUGUGUGUGUGUGUGCAUGAAUCUAACCAUCUCUUGAUAUAAAAACACAGUAUCAUGAAUCUGACCUGUCUUAAAAAUAUUCUUUCCACAUUUUCAUGCAGCUUUCUGCAAUUUUACUGACAAGAAUAUCAAAAAGGACUUUCCGUGGUAUGUUUGGAGGAAUUUUGGAGAACAUCAGAUUUUCAUACAAUUUAUUGUACGUUAGUUGUCUGAUAUUGAUAACCAGACUAAAAGUUAAUCUCUGAUCUAUAAUUUCAAAAAUUCUAUUCCAAACCUGUCUUCAAAUAAAUGAAGCAUUAUCUUCAUUUAAUUUUCAUCAGUUACUGACUUUGAUGUUCACAUAGUGUUACCAUUGCAGAAUUUGAAACAAAUUUGUAUCUUACUCUUUGUGCAUGAAGAUGGUGGUCUUUAUGAAAUUGUGAUUCAUUUUUGUGAUAUCAUCUCAUUAAUGUUAAGGACAGUGUUUAAAAUAUAUUUUUAUUGUCUUGUAACUAUUUCUAUUGUGAUAGCAAUAUGUUAGUAACUGUUGAUAAUUGUGGUUAAAUAUGUGUUUAUAAUAAAUCCUUAAACA